UGGUGAGGAGAGAGCAGGAGGAGGAGGAAGAGGAGGAGGGGAAGAGAUAAGUGAUCUAAAGGGGAGACGAUAGGACAAGAAAGUGAUGAUGAUGAAUACAUUGGAAAGUUUUUUGGCCCCGGCGAGGGUGUCAGAUUGAAUGGCCUGUGCGCAUGUGCGAAGGUGUCCAAACUGACAAUGCUGGUGAGAUGAAGAUAGUGUUGUUGCUGCUUCUGGGCUCACGGAGGACGACGAGAGGAAUCUACAAGCCGACAAGAUGAGAUCCAAGGCGAGGGCGAGAAAACUGGCCAAAAAUGACAGUGAGCCAGUGGACAGCAUGUACGACACAGAAGCCGACCUCCCGGGUUUAGCAGGCGGAGGUGGUGCCGACAGCCCAGAAGACGACGCAGAAGACGGCGUCAUCAACAUGUCCCCCCUUCCCUCACCGACUCCUUCACAUCCAAACAACAACCACCACCACCACCUGCUGCACCCCCACAUCUACGCCACCCACCACCAUCACCACCACCACCUUCACAACAGCAGCAACAGCAGCAGCAAUGACCAGGACUUCACCACACCCAAGGAAGGCUCGCCAUAUGAGGCACCCGUCUACAUUCCCGAUGACAUUCCCAUUCCAAGCGAACUGGAACUGCGGGAGUCCUCUGUGCCAGGUGCCGGCCUGGGCGUUUGGGCCAAGACCCGCAUCUGUGCCGGCGAGAGGUUUGGUCUGCACAGCACGCUGCAUCACGAGGCCACGGGCAAAGACAGCUCCUUCGGAUGGGAGCAGAUGAUGAACGACCAUGACGAAGCCUCCCCUGACAGCUGCAUCAAAAAGGUGGUGGACGACAUGGGCAAUGUCAAGUUUGCGCUGGACACAGGCCCAGAUGCUACCAGUAACAGCUGGCUCAAAUAUGUCCGCUCUGCCCCGUCAUUUGAGGAGCAGAACCUCGCAGCCUGUCACCUCACCGGAGACCAGAUUUAUUACAAAGCUGUCCGGGACAUUGAAGCAGGGGAGGAGCUCUUAGUGUAUAUGAAGGACGGUAUUUUCCCCGAGGGAUCCAUGGCACCCAACCUACAAGACGAGCAGAUGUACCGCUGUGAAGACUGUGAUGAGCUGUUCUCCUCAACACUUGAGCUGCGGCGGCACCAGAAAUAUUCGUGCUCCAGUACCGGCUCUAUCUUUGAAACACUGAGAGAGGACUUCAAACAGGAACGCGAGGACAGCGACGAGCCCGUCCACGAGUGUAAAGACUGUGAGAAGAUCUUCCCAAAUGAGUACAGUCUGGGCCAACACAUGAUAGUCCAUACAGAGGAGAGGGAGUACAAGUGUGACCAGUGCCCCAAAGCCUUCAACUGGAAGUCCAACCUCAUCCGUCACCAGAUGUCACAUGACAGUGGCAAGCGCUUUGAGUGUGAAAACUGUGAUAAGGUACAGCAUACCCGGCACGUAUUCACAGAUCCCAGCAACCUUCAGCGCCAUAUCCGCUCCCAGCACGUGGGGGCACGCGCUCACACGUGUCCUGAGUGUGGCAAAACUUUUGCCACCUCGUCAGGCCUCAAGCAGCAUAAGCACAUCCACAGCAGUGUCAAACCCUUUAUCUGCCCUGAUGGGCUGCGUCUUUUUGCUCCCCCAGGCGAGGUGUGCCACAAAUCCUACACCCAGUUCUCCAACCUCUGCCGCCACAAGCGUAUGCAUGCUGACUGCCGCACCCAGAUCAAGUGUAAGGACUGCGGACAGUUGUUCAGCACUACCUCCUCCCUCAACAAGCAUCGCCGCUUCUGUGAGGGCAAAAACCAUUACGGCUCUCCAGCAGGGAUGUUCAAUCCUGGUAUCCCCAUGAGCUCCAGCCCUAUCAUUGCCAAGGCCAAGUCCCACCAUCCCCACCUCCCUGGUCUAAACCAGUCAGGUUUAGGCUUUACUGACUACUUUCCCUCCCGACCUCACCCUCACGCUGGCUUGCCCUUCUCACCGGGACCUCACAGCUUCCCAUCCCUCCCUCACGGUUUCCCAGGUAUCUUCUCACCAUCACUGUAUCCACGACCACCUUUAUUGCCGGCUAGUCCAUUGCUAAAGAGCCCACUGGGCAGCAGUAGUCAGGAAGUGAAACUGCCUCGGAGUCCCCUAGAUGCCCCUCCACUGUCCCUGGUUAGCUCCACAAACAGCAAUGGUGGUAACAAUUUCGGUCCACUGGAAGAUAAAGAAAAAGAGAACAAACUAGAUUUGUCUUCUGGAGAAGCCAAGCCAAAAUCUAAGAUGGCAGACAUGUCUGACGGUAGUGACCUUGAAGACGUUAAUACCACGAGUGGGACAGAUUUGGACACCACUACUGGUACUGCUUCAGGUGAUGGUUCUGACCUGGAGAGCGAUGGAGAGAGUGAACGUGAGCGAAGUGGUAAAAGAAGAAAGCCGUCUGGGGCUGUAUCAAGUCAAGAAGGCCACCAGUUAGAAGACACGAACAGUGCGUUGAUAUCAGCCGUGUCUAGUUCGGGGAACUUCUCUAGUGAUCGUCCCUUUUUCUCUUCUGCAUCAUCGCAGCACUCCUUCUUCCCUCCGCCUGAUGAGCAAGCCCUCCCGCCCACCCACACAAAUGCCAAUGCAGCCACAACAGAUUCCAUCAAAGCCAUUGCCUCUAUUGCUGAGAAAUAUUUUGGUCCAGGUUUCAUUGGUCUUCAUCAGGAUAAGAAGAUGGGUCCAUUGCCCUACCAUUCCAUGUUUCCUAUCCAGUUUCUGCCCAACUUUCACAACUCCCUCUUUCCCUUUAGCCCUGAUCGAGGUGCCCUCAACAAUAGCAUGUUCUUCAAGGCAGAGCCCAAGUCACCUCGUGAGCAGCUGCACAAGAUGGUGUCUGGUGCCCCAGGAGCUCCUGCUUCCACAGGGGAGUCACCAUUUGAUCUCACCACAAAACCCAAGGAGACCAAGUUAGCUCCUCCCACCCCAACAAACCCCUCAAACCCCAACAGUAGUACCGGGAGCAGUAGUGGACCUUUAGCAAUAUCUAGCAGUGAAGAACAGCCAUUGGACCUCAGCAUUGGCGGCCGGAGCCGAGGUGGUCAUAAUGGUGUGGCAGCUGAGCCGCAAACUAGAAAGAACCACAUCUUUGGAGUCGGAAAGGGGGUCUCCAUCAAGGACGAAACUCCACCUGGGUUUCCACACCCCCAUUCCCAGUCGCUGCACCAAUCCUCCAUCGCCCAGCACCAGCAGCCCCAGGCACAGCCACACCAGCCACCACCCCUGCACUACGCCAAGCCCUCAGCAUUCUUCAUGGACCCCAUAUACAGCAGGGUGGAGAAGAGGAAGCUACUUGAUCCCGUAGGAGCUCUGAAGGAAAAAUUCCUCAGGCCGUCACCACCACUCUUCCAUCCGCAGAUGUCAGCCAUGGAGAACAUGACAGAGAAGCUGGAGAGCUUUGGCGCUCUAAAACUGGACACUCCGCCCAAUUCACUGCAACACUCAGCUCAUCCACUGUUCAACUUCCGCUCACCACCACCUUCCCUCUCAGACGCCAUCCUCCGCAAGGGCAAGGAGCGUUACGCCUGCAGGUACUGUGGGAAAAUCUUCCCUCGUUCAGCAAACCUCACCAGACACUUGCGGACACACACAGGGGAACAACCCUACAGGUGUAAAUACUGUGACCGCUCAUUCAGCAUCUCAUCAAAUCUUCAACGCCAUGUUCGCAACAUCCAUAACAAGGAGAAACCCUUCAAGUGUCACCUGUGCAACCGCUGCUUUGGUCAGCAAACCAACCUCGACCGCCAUCUCAAGAAGCACGAGCAUGAGAACAUUCCUGUGAGCCAACAGUCCGGGAUGCUUUCCAACCUAGGAACCACCAUCUCCUCCCCAAACUCCGAGCCAGACAAUCAUGCACUUUUAGAUGAGAAGGAGGACUCGUACUUCUCAGAAAUCCGCAACUUCAUUUCCAACAGUGAGAUGAACCAGGCCUCCAGCUCCACGGAUAAGAGAUCAGACCAGGCUGAAGAGGAACGCCCACCCAGUCACAGUUUGUCCAACUCCAAGCUAGGGCUCCAGGGGCUGGAGGAGGAAGAAGAGGAAGUGGAGGGCGACGAUGAGGAGGAGGAGGAAGGCAGCCUGACGGAGAAGUCUCACGACGAGGCGCCAGAGUCUCCGUCUCCCGUCACAACAGGAGUGUAUGAGGAGGACGAGGAGGAGGAGGAGACGGAGACAGCUCCUUUAGCUAUGAGCUAUGAACACACUCGCAGGCUUAUGCAAUGAUGCUGUCUCUUUCGGAGAACAACCCUUUGCACGCGCCCUCCCAGAACUCUCUGGACGCUUGGCUGAGCAUGGGAGGUGGACCGUCUGAGACGAGCAGCUUUCACCCGCUCAACCACAUCUAGAUGAGAGAGAGAGGAAGUGGGAGGAAGAGUAGGAGGAACAUUAGUUUCCCAAAUGGAUAGAAACGAGACUGAGUUGACAUGAGUAGUAAAAAAAAACCUGGAGGCCGGAGAAGAAUUCAGUGUCACAUACAUUCAAGAUAGAAAGGAUACGUUUGUGAGGAUGUGUGUGUGUGUGUGUGUGUGUGUGUGUGUGUGUGUGUGUGUGUGUGUGUGAGAGAGAGAGUGAGAGAGAGGGAGGAGGGAGAGAUUGUCCCUAGGUGAGGCGUCUCGCAAGACUCUGUCAAAAAGAAAGCACUGCUAAGCUCCUGUUGAUGUGAAGGACAUGAUGAAUGCUUCUCAACAGCAUUAAAACUCUGCAUUACGCUGAUCCUCCCCAAGUCCACAAGGCUCACUCCAGCACCACAGAGACCCUAUGUAAGGCUCUCAUGAAGACACUUAAUGACUAGUACGUCUCUAAAGUCUGUGUACACCGCCUACUACAAGCACUGCAGCAUCAGCACUGCAUUAGCACUGCAUGUCCACAAGCUGGUGCUGUUUCACCAGGAACAUAGUGGGCGCGUGCACUAUUGUCUCCAGGUUUCCCCCACCCAAUCAAAGGCGACUCAUUUACUGAUCUUGUUUCAGUUGUAACUGCAGAAUCAACAAUAGCACCACACUAAAUGUUACUUGAGAAAAUGGCGGUUCCUGUAGACUGUUGAUUUUUGAAUGAUUCAAUGGAGAAUGAUGUUCAAUGUUCAAAUGUGCACAGCAACUGGUGAUUUCGAUGAGCUAUCUGGGACACUAGCCAUUGUAAUUGGUUACCCAAUUUGAUCAUGCUGAAAAUGAAUUUAAAUCAUACUCAAAAAAAAAAAAAAAAAAAAAAAAAAAUGAGGAAAGUCUUUCUCUGCUUGUUUAUUUCAUCGUCAUGUGUUAAUUUUAUUUACUUUCUCUCCUCUUAGAUACCACAGUAUUGUUUUGUUGUAGGCACCACAGUGCUAAAUUGUUAAUAUAAUUAUUUUAGAGAAGGACCAAAAUUGUAUGAUAUUGUCAUAUGAUGUACAAAAUAACCUAGAUGUUCAUAGCAAGAGUGGUAUGUGCCAAAUAACCCAUAGAAAAUGUUUUGUUCUCUGACAAUCAUUUCAUUUCCAAGGGGCUUGCAUUUACUGUCAUAGUUUUUUUUUCUUAUUACGCUCUUAUAUAUUUGAUUUCCGAAGUGUGUAUGUAUUUAUUUUUGGUUGUUUUGUCAUGACUGGAGGAGUGAAAAUGAAGACAUGUCAUUUUAUCCCUCUUUUCUUGAUACUGAAGGAAUGAACGCCCGUCAGAACGUGAGGGAGAUUCUGAAUCUCUGGUUUUGAUGCGUCAGUGUGCCAAAAUGGAAAGAACCCAUGAAAUUAACUGUUUUUAUUUAUAGUGAAAGAUAGCUAUAGUUAGCUUUAGAUCCUAUUUGGCAUCAUAAUGUCCUUCAGUGUUUAGUUUUUUUUUUUUUUCUUGUUUCAGUUCAACCAUUUUACCCAGUAUGCUGAACAUGUCAUGUUCACAUUGGUUUAGUGUUAUGUGGAGGCAGACGUGGACAACUUUCACUAUGACUGUCAGAAAAGGGCAUUACAUUGUCAUAUUUUUGAAUCUGACUAGUUUCCACCACAUCAAGCUCCCUUUCCCCUCUGUUUUCAUUAGAGGCAUUUCGUGUAAACAAUGACUAUUCCUUUUUAAAUUAGUUGUCCUGUAUUACAUGGUCCAAAAGUCUAAAACACAGUCACGUCUGCAUGAGCAUCUAAAUUUCGCGACAUUGGAGCGAUAACAUCACUGGUCAUGUAAGAAUGAAGGCAAGGACUCAUGAAAGCGAAAAAAGAUAAAAAAAAAAAAGUAACCACAGUUAAAAUGGACACCUGAAUUGUAGUGGUUGGUCCUUCAACACAUGCCAAGCAAUGUUAAUGCUGGACAGAGAAAACAGAAACACUUGAUCAUGACUUAACUUUGUAUUCCUUGAUCUCCUUCUGAGGUCAUACUAAAAACUCAUUCCAUGUGGUCUACAAGGUAGCUGUGCCGUGGAGGGCAUGAGUCAUUUACUGUAGAUAACUGUAGAUAGCUGCAGGAGCAGAGGGGGUGAGCAUUGUUGAUCAUGGUUGCCUUCGUCCUCUCUGCGUACUGGGACUCUCAGAACUAGGCCUGAUGCUGUAUUUUCAAACUAGUACUUAAACCAUAUGGGUCCAAGCCAUAAAUUGAUCAGGCUUAGGUCUCCAGAACGUACAACACAUUUUCACUUUCAAUAGAUGAGCAACUUGAGCUCGACAUGGAGAGAAGAGAAAAAUUGGAAACAGAAGCACUGUAAUUUUUAUUCAUGACAGCAGGUGGUGGUGUGAUGCUGGGACUGCUGCAUCAUCUCAUUUUUUCUAAAGACAGAAGUCUUUUUUUUUUAUAUAUAUAUAUAAUUCUACUGAAUGAGAUUUCAUUCAUGGUUAACACAUUGUUUUCCCAAGUCGUGGUUAUAAAAUGUAAAGACUUGGGUUGCUAAGUUUUUAGGUUGACUGUAUGUAGUAAUUCAUGUCAUGGACUACUGUAAUAAGUACGCGCUGUGUAAAGCAAAGGAAUUGAAGGCAUUGAAGUAUUCCAUUUUGCCGACUUCAGAAAGUAUUCUGGCAGAUGGUCGCUGAAAUAUGUUUCAGCAUAAUAGAACAUGGUUGCUGUUUUCCCCCCACUGUUACAGGAGAAAGUAAAAAUAUACAUAUUGUUUCUUUUUAACUGUAUAGUAUUUUAAAGAAUGAAAAACAAUGGUGCAUUUGUCUGAAGAAAAAAAUCAUUGAAAAAUAUGGGUUUAAAUGGAUGGUGCUUGUUUUGUUUGAAUCUGAGUUGUAUAUCGCCUCUGUUAUGUUUAUUGAAAACAAACAAACAAACAAAAAAAAGAUAUUGUGCAUGACGUGUUUAGCAGUCAUAAUGAUGUCCAUUUGUGAAAUGUGUAUCAAAUCAAAAAAUGAGAAAAAAAAGAAAAGAAAAGAAAAAAAUAAAUCCGUAGAUGCACUUAUUGUACAUGUGGUUAGUUUGGUAGGUUUGACUUCAAGUUCUUGACUGCCUUACAGAUGUUUGGGCAGGUGGCUCUGAAAGACGUUAGAAAAGACUUGUGGGAGAAGACAUAAUGAAAAACAUUAAAGGAUUGUAGAAUAAUAUUGAACAAUUCUGAAAAUUGCAGUUCUUUUGAUGCUUGUGAUUAUUGAAGAUGUACUUUAGAGAAAUUUCAUUGAAAAGAUAUGACUCUGAUGUUAAUUCUGUAGAAUAGCAAUGUAUACCAAAUGUAAUCUUUCCAAUGCUAUGAAGAAUUUAUACAUGAAAUUGAUAUGCAAUAAAACCUGUGUGCUUUUUA